AUGUUGCACUGGGACAUAGGCCUUUUGGUAACGUUGACAGCAACGAUAUCUAGCGUUAUUGCCACUAGGGGCGGUGGAUCUUCUCCGAUAUCGAAUUUUUCACCAUUUGAUUCUCAGGAUUUCUGUUCUCAGAUCAUCACUCCCACUUGUAACACGACAUUUUCAUAUAUUGACAACUUAAACGCUCAGAUCAGACCGGACGUUUCCAACUUGGUAAGGUCUCCGUACUUCAGGUAUUUCAAGCUCGACUUCGACAAGCAAUGUAAAUUUUGGAAUGCUCAGCAUUUCUGUGCCACCCGAAACUGUGCGGUGGAGAUCUUGCCAGCAGAUCAAUACAACUGGUCCAAUAUUGAAGAGUUCAGUCCUUCCAAAUUAGGGGAAAUCGAAAGACCCGCCGAUAAGGACAACGAUGCCGCGGGAACUUGUGAAGAUUUGGACUACUGUCAUAUCGAUGAGGGCCAAAACUGUGUGUAUGUGGAUUUGUUGGCCAACCCUGAAAGAUUUACUGGAUACGGUGGUGUACAGGCUUUUGACGUCUGGAAGGCCAUUUACAGUGAAAACUGCUUCCCUAACACAAACCCAAUGUCCAUGGACGACUCGGAUCAACUCGAACAAUGCGUAGAGAAGAACUUGUUCUACAGACUUAUCAGUGGUAUGCAUGCCUCCAUUGCUGUCCACUUGUCUAACGAGUACUUAUGCCCAAGCGAUGUUGAGAAUGACGACGAUUACAACGUAGAGGAAAUCUUUGAGCCUAAUUUAAAGAUUUUCAUGGAGAGAGUUGGUUCCUUCAACGAUAGAUUAAGUAAUAUCUACUUUAACUAUGCUUUGGUCAGUCAGGCCAUUGUUAAGUUGAGUGAAAUUUUCGAGGGAGGACUUGCAGAUCAAAUUACUUGCGGUGACGAAUCCUUAGGGGCUGCUAAUAAAGCUGCUGCAUCCUUUGGUUCAAACAAUGCCUUGCUUGGAAACGAUGAACCUGACUAUAAGCAGGUAUUUGGAUCUAUUUUGCCCUUAUUAAACCAACACACCCUUUUCAACACAACAGAGCUCUUCGAUCCAAAAGUGGUUUCUCCAGAGUUGAAAAUGGAAUUCAGACAAAGAUUCAGAAACGUUUCUGCAAUUAUGGACUGUGUUGGAUGUGACAGAUGCAGAAUGUGGGGGAAAUUGCAGACCAUCGGUUACGGUACCGCAUUGAAAAUCUUAUUUGAAGAUGAAAGCCAUAAGCUCAAAUUUAGGAGAAUUGAGAUGGUAUCCCUUUUCAAUACUUUUGAUAGAAUCAGUAAGAGUAUUGAAGCCAUAAACAAUUUCAAGCAAAUGUACUUGAAGCAUUUGGAAGAUGUGGCGCAGGGUAAGGCACAAUUGGGUGAUUAUGAGAAGGGCAGAGAAAGUAAGAAGGGAUUCAGUUUCCCCUUCUUGGCUGUGGAAUCCAAGGCAAAGGACACUAGUAGUGCUCCUCAGCUGCAAUCGGUUCCAAAACAAUCAGUUGAGUCGGAUACCAAGACUAAGAAGACCAGAUCCAAGAAGCUCCUCAUGCCUGAGAAAAAGAACAAAAGGACCUUCAAGGAUGAAUUCAAGGCUUCAUUGGAUGAGGUGAGCCAUGCUACUUAUUUUGUGCUCAACAGUUACAGGACUUUUUUCCCAACGAUUCGUGACAUAGCCUUAAUAUACUUGAACGAUGCUUGGAACAAGUUCCUCGGCAACAAUGCGUACUACGACCAACUUAUACAGAAGGGGUACCAAAGAGAAAUGGCGAGAGCAGAACAACAGAAGGAUGAGGCUGCCAAGGGAUCUACUUGGAAAGAUGCUCCUAGUUUAGAGAGAGAAGAGGAUAAUGAAAACGAGGACGAGGACGAUUCCAUUUAUAAUAAAUUAUUCGAAUAA